AAUACACUUCGAGUUUUUUCGGCCAUGAGAAUAAGGAAGCAUGCCAAAAUUUCCCCACUCCACUAUGCUUCUUCCGUAUUUCUCCAACAGCAAGGUGCCCUUUUACAGCCCCACGUUUGUCAGCUCAAUCAGUCUCCAUGGGAUGUUAUCACAUUCCCCGCUGAAGAUUUACAAAACGAUUAUAUUAUUAACCACCACACACUUCCUCCUCCUCCGGCACCGGCGCCGUCUUCUUCUUCUUACAAGUUGGAUGGAUAUGAUAGUUGCGCUGUAAAUGGGACCUUUUAUGAUUCUGAACUGAGUAGCAUCACGUCAAUGAAGCUGGAGGUGAAUGAUAGUGAGAGGAAAGAGAUGGAUUAUUCGGAGAAUAAUAAUAUAGUCGCUGAUGUUCCUGCUGAUUCCGGCAAUUUCGACAAGGAUGGAAAUGCUAAUAUUACAACAAUGUGCGUGAAGAAUGACGGAAAGGGAUGGCAAUGCAGUAGAGAAUCGAAAAGAGGGCAUGAUUUAUGUGAACACCAUUUUGCUCAAGUACUGAAGAAGCAAUACAGUAGUAGCAACAACGAAUCAGCUCAUUCUACUACUACUAGUACUGCUGCUGGGGCUGUGGCGGCAGCUGAGACGACUCAGAGUUGUCGCGGCCGCCCACAUCGUCCUAAGAAAUCGUCGAGUUCCGAAUUUUACUAUUAUUCGGGUUUUGGUCCUUUAUGGGGCAAAAAAAGAGGUUCGUCGUCGACUGGGAAGUCUACUCAGGGAGCACAAUCUUCAUCUUCUCAAAUGGAUAAUGAAGGAUUUGACUAUAUUGAAGACGACGAAGGCGAUAAUUAUGAUGAUGAAGUUGCAAACUGUAAAGUGAAGAUCAAAAGAACCCGUAAGCCCAUCAAAGCUAGGUCACUCAAAUCUUUAAUGUGAAAUUCUCAACAACAAUAUCUAGCUAUAACAUGUUUUGUGAUAUUUAUAUUAUCGUAGAAUAUUGUAACUUUUUUUUGUAAUAGGGACUUUUUAGGUUAUGUUAGAUUAUUUUGGUUUCAUGUUUGUAAUGUCCUACUCUAGUCUACUCUAGGUGAGUACAUAUACUAGCUUUAAUUUGCUUCAGUGUACUGUAGCCUUGGCAUGUGUGGCGAUGUUUUUUUUUUUUUUUUUAUAUAAAUGUAAACUUUGUG